UAAGAACGAUCAACAUGAGGUUCUCUUCAAUUUACAUCGCCUCAAUGGCGGUCAGUGUCUCUGCUUUCAUGACUCCGUCGCCUACUUCGAGCACGAGGGCAAACACGGCAUUGUUUGGGGCCCCGUGUUUUGACCCAGUCGAUAAAACACUGAAAGGUGUGGAUGCCGAUAGCACUGGUUUCGAUCCAAUGGCUGGAUCCAACCCUGCAGUAAUUCGCAACAACAACGACGAAGUUUGGGUUCCUCAGCGUGCUCGCCCCCGUCGGAACCGUAAAUCUGCUGCUAUGCGUGGCAUGGUUCGGGAAUGCAUUGUCACCCCCAGCAACUUCAUUUAUCCCUUGUUCAUUCACGAUGAAGAAAACAACCAGGCAAUUGCAUCCAUGCCGGGGUGCGAGCGCCACUCCUUGGAUUCCAUGCUGAAAGAAGUCGGAGAAUCGUUUGAGCUUGGCGUCAAGACAUUCGUGCUUUUUCCGAAGGUGGAUGACGCCUUAAAAACGAAUUUAGGCGUGGAAGCAUACAACCCCGAUGGCAUCGUACAUAGAGCAAUUCGAAUGAUCAAAGAAAAAUACCCUGAAAGUAUUGUAUGUACCGAUGUCGCGUUGGAUCCAUACUCUGAUCAAGGCCACGACGGUGUCGUUGAAAACGGAAAAAUCCUGAACGAUGUUACCAUUACACAGCUAUGUAAGCAGGCCGUGAGUCAAGCCAGAGCAGGCGCCGAUAUUGUUGCCCCAAGUGACAUGAUGGAUGGGCGCGUCAAGGCAAUUCGUGAUGCGCUUGAUUCGGAAGGUUUCACCGAUGUUUCUAUUCUUUCAUACACGGCGAAAUACGCUUCAGCCUACUAUGGACCUUUCCGUGAUGCGUUGGACAGUCACCCGGGUUUCGGCGACAAAAAGACGUACCAGCAAGACCCUGCCAAUGGUCGGGAGGCCUUGGUUGAAGCCGCCCUGGAUGCGGCCGAAGGCGCCGAUAUGCUCAUGGUCAAACCAGGAAUGCCGUAUCUUGAUGUCAUUCGCCGACUUAAGGAUAAUUCCGAUUUGCCGAUAGCUGCUUACCACGUUUCGGGGGAGUAUGCCAUGAUAAAGGCGGCUUGCGAGAGAGGGUGGUUGAAUGAGAAAGAUGUUGUACUGGAAACGCUGACAUGCUUCAAGCGUGCAGGCGCUGACAUUAUUUUGACGUAUUAUGCUAAGCAAGCCGCAAAAUGGAUCCAAGAGGAUGGACUUUACUAAACAAAGAAUUUACAGUCAGAAAUAAAAGUAGAGACAUAAGUCGCUCGCUUUAAGCUAUUGGAUGAC